AUGAACAAUUUCGUCAUUUUUUUUGCUGUAAUUUUCUCAUUUCGACCGCUAGUAGCCGUCAUCUCAUCCCGUUCAGUACCCGACCCGAUAUGCAAGGGCCCCGACCCGACAAAUCUCCGAUCCGACCAAAUGACUGUGAUAAUCAGCGGUUACUCGGAGCACCGGAUCCCGCUGCUCCACUCGAUCACGUCCGCCUACUCCGCUUCGCCGGCGGUGGCCGACGUCGUCCUCCUCUGGUGCAACCCCUCCACCCCGGCCCGAACCCUCGCCGGCCUCUCACAGAACCUCUCCGGCGCCGCCGCUGUGCUCCGCGCGCCCUCCUCCAGCCUCAACCACCGGUUCUAUCCCCUGGAGACCAUCAGGACCAGAGCCGUCCUCAUCUGCGACGACGACGUGGAACCCGACCCGAGAUCCGUCUCGUUCGUGUUCGCCGUCUGGAGAUCUGACCCGGCUCGGGCGGUGGGGCUAUUCGCCAGGUCGCACGCAUACGACAUCGCGUCGAGGACCUGGAUCUACACCAUGGAGAGGGAGAAAUACUCGAUCGUCCUCACCAAAUUCAUGAUCGUCAACAUCAAGCACCUCGUGACUUAUUCGUGCGGUCGGGAGUACCAGGAGGCUAGGCGCAUAGUGGAGGAGAUGAACAACUGCGAGGAUAUUCUGAUGAAUUUCGUGGUGGCAGAGGAAAACCAGAGGGGGCCGGUGCUGGUGGGGGUGAGGGGAGGAGGGGUGAGGGAUUACGGGGAUGCGCGAAACGACGGGGCGUUGAGGGAGGUGGGUUUGAGCAGCAGAAGAGGGGAGCAUAGGAAGAGGAGAGGGGAGUGUAUAAGGGAGUUUCAUAGGGUCUUGGGGAGGAUGCCAUUGAAGUUCAGUUAUGGGAAGAUGGUAGAUGAUGUUGGGGAACAAGGGCUGUGCAAGAAAAGUGGCAAGUUGGUUUCCUGUGAUCAGCAAGACUCCAGGUGA